GUCAUUUUGUGCUGCUCCAUACUUUGAAAGCAAGUGAGCGGUUAAAGCGAGAGAACAGUGCUGCAGGACACUCCGCUCAACCUCAGAGUGAAUAAUAGAAAGACCAACCACUGAUCAGGCAAGCUGACAGCUGCUCCUUUUUACAGGAUGAGCUCCUCCUCUGGGAGAGAAGCUGAGCCUGACUCCCCUGGGCUGCAGUUUCAAGAGGUGGGCUCUAUGGACAGCCAGGCCGUCUGUGUACCAUCCCUGUAUGCUGAUGGAAACCAAGACUACACUCAAGAGUACGCUCAUGGCAGCUUGUCCUUCUACUAUCCAUCUUUGUUGGAUUUUAGCCAGCCACCCAUGUCCAAAAGCCCCUCUCUCUUUUGGCCCCCGACUGCCCCUCAGAGCAUGCCUACACUCACCCUGCAUUGCCCUCCUCCACUUGUGUACCCUGACCCCCCCACCUUCCCCCCUUGGCCAGAGGCUGAAGACCACACCCAGGGUGAGGGCAGUUCUCUAAUGAGACAGAAGACUAAGGUAAUGGCAAAGAAGUUGGAGGAGGGUAAGGAGGGGCAGAACUCCUCCUCCUCCUCCUCCUCCUCCUCAGAGGCUAUGGGGAGGAAGGACACACACUUCUGUGCGGUGUGCCAUGACUAUGCUUCAGGUUAUCACUACGGCGUGUGGUCGUGUGAGGGAUGCAAGGCCUUCUUCAAGCGAAGUAUCCAAGGACACAAUGGCUACAUCUGCCCAGCUACCAACCAGUGUACCAUUGACAAGAAUCGCCGCAAGAGCUGCCAAGCCUGUCGGCUACGUAAGUGCUAUGAAGUGGGCAUGAUGAAGUGUGGCGUAAGACGGGAACGCUGCAAUUACCAGGCUGUGUCACGACAUCGCCGAAUGGCUCAGACACACCACAACUCCAGAGGCAUCAUGGAGGUCAGAGGUCACUUACAGCGAGGAGCCCGCGGUCGGUUCCUCAUGCCGCACCCUCUCACACGACCCUCCAACAAGCCAAACGGGCACUGUUCAACACUGACCCCAGAACAGCUGGUGUCCUGCAUUCUGGAGGCAGAGCCUCCGCAGAUCUAUCUGAGGGAGAAGCUGAAGAAACCCUACACAGAGGCCAGCAUAAUGAUGUCACUGACGAACCUGGCCGACAGAGAGCUGGUCCUCAUGAUCAGCUGGGCCAAGAAGAUCCCUGGUUUUGUGGAGCUGUGUUUGGCAGACCAGGUUCACCUGUUGGAGUGCUGCUGGCUGGAGGUCCUGAUGAUGGGACUCAUGUGGCGGUCUGUCGAUCACCCUGGAAAACUCAUCUUCAGCCCAGACUUAAAACUCAACAGGGAGGAGGGGAGCUGCGUGGAGGGCAUUAUGGAGAUCUUUGAUAUGCUUCUGGCGGCCACCUCCCGUUUCAGGGAGCUGAAACUCCAGAGGGAGGAGUAUGUCUGUCUCAAAGCCAUGAUACUUCUUAACUCCAAUUUGUGUACGAGUUGUCCAGUAUCAGUGGAGGAGGUGGAGAGUCGGAACAAGCUGCUCCGGCUCCUGGACACUGUGACGGAGGCAUUAAUGUGGGCCAUCUCUAAAACUGGCCUGUCCACUCACCAGCAGUCCACACGCCUGGCCCACUUACUAAUGUUACUGUCACACAUACGCCACCUCAGCAAUAAAGGCAUGGAACACCUGUCCAGUAUGAAGAGGAAGAAUGUGGUGCUGCUCUAUGACCUGCUUCUGGAGAUGCUGGAUGCUAACACAGCCCACAAUAGCAGAAUAUCCACCUCUAAUAACUGUUCUCCUUCCCAACCUGCUGCUCUGCUGGUUUCAGACUCCGCCCUCAACACCCAGAGCCCGCCCACACAGCAGAACACCACUCCUGAUCCAGAGAAAAACAAGAGAGCAGAAUCUAACCCUCAGCCACGACAGGCCAGUCCUGAGGCCCUGGGGCCAGUAGGUCUGAGUGUGUACUUCAGCCCUAACCAGCAGGACAUGGCUGCGGUCUGAGACUAGAUGGUGACUUCACCUGGAGAUCUCAUGUACAGUCCCUGGUCUGGAAGUGUGUCUGAAGGAGAGACUGAAAACUGGACUUCAGGGACCAUAAAUGAAGAAAAAUGUCAGAUCCUUCUACACACCCUUAAGAACACAGGACUCAUCUGUGCUUGUUGUGUUGGGAUAUAUCUCGUAAGGGUUGGAUUUACUAAGAACAUCAAUCAUGGGAACUAAUUUCCCUGUCCAGAAAACUAAAAUGCACAAGCACACAGGUUCCUGUUGGCAGGGAAAUCAACUAAGAUUACAUAACAGUCUGUAACAGCCACAAGUGGUCUCAUCUCAAUAACUGGCACGUCCUCACAUUGUGGUGCGUUUGCCUUUGAUGUUUUGACUGAUGUUGACAGGUUUCCAUAACAGACAUAAUGAUAAUCCUGUCACAUUGCAUGCUCUCUCCAGUAAUUCAACUUAAAGCUCCAAUAAUGAGUGGAGCAAAUUGGCCAGUUUGAAGUCAGUUAGAAAAAGGUGUUUCAUUACUCCAUCUGAGAACUGAGAAAAACAGACAAUCAUUUGGUAAAAGCUUUCUCUCAACGUUAUGGCAUGCAGAGUAAUUAUGCUGACAUUCUCUUCUUUGGCACUGACCACACUCUUAAGUUGGUCAGCUUUAGUCACAGCUGUUAGUCACAACUUUACACAUUUUAAAAUGCCAGCAAACCUUUACAAAAUCUGGCUCCUAGUCUGUUAAAUAUUGUAAAAUACUUUUGAGUCGUUGUAUGCUCUUUGCUAUGGGUGACAGGAAAUGGUAAAUCAUACCUUCAAAAAAAUUCAGUCAAGUUUUCAGCUGUUAUGUACUCUUAUUCUUUAUCAGCAUGUGCACAAUCAUGUGACUAUUUUUAUGGUAAUUUCUACAGUGCUUUUGCAAAAAGAGAAAACACAGCUGACAGGACCACAGGAUCAUGUUUUAAGCUGAUGGCAAGACAAUGAGGACAUCAGACUCACUUCUCAGUGGAUUUAUGGCACAGUAGGAUCGCAUUAAAAAUUAGACUUUUUCCUAACUUUAAAACACAGCUGAAAUUUUAAAACAGAUUCCUUGCUAAACGCACUGGCCUUACUACACACGGCCAUCCAAACACAGAUGGCUGUGUUUGGAUGAAUUAGAACAUUCCAUUAUAGGGAUUUUAACACUGUUUUUGCUUGUAAAUAAUCAGAUUAAUUAUGCAGUGGCUGCACUUUUGUCAGUCUACACUGGACCCAAACUGAUGCAUGUCCUUUUUUGCAUCCUGUUUGCCUUUUCUCUGUGUGUGUAUGUGUGUGUGUGCGUGUGUGUGUGUGUGUGUGAGAGAGAGAGAGAGAGAGAGAGAGAGAUGUUUCCUAGGCUAUCUGGGACUGUCUGAAGGCAAACAGCCUGCUGUAAAUGACUGUAUCAUGUGGUAUCGUGUUAUUGAGUAGUUGUUGUAAUAUAAACUAUGAUGAAUGUUGAGCUGUUUUUUUUUAUUUGUUGUGUGAGUAAAGCUUCAGUGGGGCCACACCUGCCUGACUCCUCUCACUCUUCAUGAUCACCGGGUUAUGAAUGCGAUCCACAGUCGUGGACAGUAUGUGCACACUUGCAGUUCUUGUCUGAAUGAUUCAAAUGUAAAAAACCUAUUGUUGUAUUGUAGCACACACACACACUGUCUCUGAAUUGCUGUUUGGGAGAUGCCAGCAUCCACUCAAUGCUGGAAACUGUACUUGGGAAAACAUUCACAAAAUCAUUCAUUUAUCACUAUGAUCAGUGACUACUCUUAAAAACAAUGUACAUAGCCUGAAGCAGCUUAUGCUUGGUAACAUUCUGACAUAAGCUCUGUUUUCCACAGUGCCAUGUAAGAUGUGAAUGUAUUUGAGGAAGAUUUUCAGUCAUUGACAAAGAGCUGAAUGUUCAUUGAAUGUCUUAUUGCACUAUUACUCUAAAAUGUUUCAUUUUGAAGGGAAAAAAAAGAAUAACCAGCAUACCACAGCUCUGUAA